AUGGUCAAGCAAAUCGCCGGUUCCAAGGCCCUCCUUUUGGGUUCGGGCUUCGUCACCAAGCCCACUGUUGAGGUCCUCAGCAAGGCUGAUGUCGAGGUCACUGUCGCUUGCCGUACCCUCGAGAGCGCCCAGGCCCUGGCCUCUGGCUUCAAGAACGCCAAGGCCAUUUCUUUGGAUGUCAACGACGAUGCCGCCCUCGAUGCCGCCCUGAACCAAGCUGAUGUCGUGAUUUCGCUUAUCCCUUACACUUUCCACGCUACUGUCAUCAAGUCUGCCAUCCGCACUAAGACCAAUGUUGUCACCACUUCUUACGUUUCCCCGGCUAUGAUGGAGUUGGAUGAGCAGUGCCGCGAGGCUGGUAUCACUGUCAUGAACGAGAUCGGUCUCGACCCUGGUCUCGAUCACCUCUACGCUGUUAAGACUAUUCACGAGGUCCACGCUGCUGGUGGCAAGGUCACCAGCUUUGUUUCCUUCUGUGGAGGCUUGCCCGCCCCCGAAUGCUCCAACAACCCCCUGGGAUACAAGCUCAGCCGUGGUGUGCUUCUUGCCCUCCGCAACGCUGCCAAGAUUUACCAAGAUGGCAAGGUCGUGUCCAUUGACGGCCCUGAUCUGAUGGCUACCGCUAAGCCCUUCUUCAUCUACCCCGGAUUUGCCUUCGUCGGCUACCCUAACCGUGACUCUACUCCCUUCCGCGAGCGCUACGGUAUCCCCGAGGCCCAGACCGUCAUUCGCGGUACUCUUCGCUACCAGGGCUUCCCCGAGAUGAUCAAGGUCCUUGUUGACAUUGGUUUCCUCAAUGACGCACCCAACAGCGUCUUCGAUAAGGCCACUUCAUGGAAGGAGGCCACCAAGGCCGUCCUCGGCGCUACCUCCUCCUCCGAGAAGGAUCUGCAGGAGGCCAUCGCAUCCAAGACUAAGUUCCCCAACAGCGACGAGCGUGAUCGUCUCCUCUCUGGCCUGCGCUGGAUCGGUCUCUUCUCCGACGAGCAGACCAUCCCCCGCGGAAACGCCCUCGACACCCUCUGCGCUACCCUCGAGCAGAAGAUGCAGUACGGUCCCGAUGAGCGUGACCUUGUUAUGCUCCAGCACAAGUUCGAGAUCGAGAACAAGGAUGGCUCCAAGGAGACCCGUACCUCCACCCUGUGCGAGUACGGUAACUCCGUCAGCUCCGCCAUGGCCCGCACCGUUGGUAUUCCUUGCGGUGUUGCUGUUAAGCAGGUUCUCGACGGUACUAUCAGCAAGACUGGUGUUCUCGCUCCCGUGACCUGGGACAUCUGUGAGCCUCUCAUCAAGACCCUGAAGGAGGACUACGGCAUGGAGCUCAUUGAGCGCACUCUGUAA